CUAUGCAAAAAAGGAAUCUGAUCUUAAUGGAGCCCAAGUCAAACUUCGAGAGUUUGAAGCAGCCCUCAAUUCUAAAGAAGCUGCACUGGCCACAGCCCUUGGUGAUAAGAAAAGUCUGGAAGGCGAAAAUGAGGAUUUAAAAGAUCAAAUUGUACAGCUUGAGAUUUCUUUAGCUGCUGCCAAGGAACAGCUUGCAAAUGAAACCUUACUGAAGGUGGAUCUUGAAAACCGUUGUCAGAGUCUCAUUGAGGACUUGGAAUUCCGUAAAACUAUGUAUGAGGAGGAAAUCAAUGAAACAAGAAGGAAACAUGAAACUCGCUUAGUUGAGGUUGAUUCUGGGCGUCAAAUAGAAUAUGAACAUAAACUGGCCCAAGCCCUUUGUGAAAUAAGAGAGCAGCACGAUGCACAAGUGAAGCUGUACAAAGAAGAGCUUGAACAGACUUACCAUGCCAAACUUGAGAAUGCUAGACUGUCCUCUGAGAUGAGCAGCUCUGCAGCCAACACAAUAAGAGAAGAACUGAAUGAAAGUCGCAUACGAAUUGAUACU